AUGGAAUCGGGAAUGUCGUCUCCGUCAAGAGAUCUGAUCAAAUGUUGCGACUGCGGAUGCGAUUGCUCUCCAGAUUCCUGGAUUCGAUCAGUGAAGAGAAGACACGAGGAAUUAGCGAACGAGAAAGGAUUCACAAUCCCGGAGCUAGAUCAUGACGCAGACGCAGAGCUCUUCUCUAAUCCCAGAGUCCAUCUCGAGAACGAAUGCGAAUUGCUCCGCGAGACUGUUACAAGUCAACAGCAAUCGAUUCAGGAGCUGUAUGACGAGCUAGAGAAAGAGCGUAACGCUGCAUCAACAGCUGCAGAAGAAGCAAUGUCCGUGAUGCAGAGGCUGCAGAACGAAAAAGCUGAGCUCCAGAUGCAACUCAGGCAGCACAAGAAUUACUCCGAGGAUAAGAUUGAGCAUGACCAGCAAAAGAUUUUCGAUUUGGAAGAUGUUUUGUAUCAGAGGGAGCAGACUAUACAGGCGCUUACAUUCGAGGUUCAGGCUUAUAAGCAUAGGAUGAUGAGUUUUGGGCUCACCGAGGCAGAAGCUGAAGGUGAGAAGAGCGUGUUAAGCCGUGAACCGAGCAUGAUCGAGGUUAACUCUGAGUAUGACCUCCCUGCGUAUGACUACCCUCCUUUGAAGUGCAACAUUAACGAGAACCAUGAUGAUCCUCUUGAGGCUGAUAUCUAUGUUGCAGAUGAUGAGAACUACCCACCGGCUUAUUCGCCUCAUGAGAGAGAGCAUUUGAAGACGUUGGAUCUGAGGAUAAGCCAGCUGGAGACAAAUCCUAGCUUUCCUCAGUUGAAUGGUGUUUCAGAGAAGGUGGUGGUUGGUCAGAGUCCUAGGCGUGAAAGACAGUUUAGGAGGACUUCGACUGCUGGUUCAAGCUCACAGUUGGGAGCGUCUAAAGAUCUAAAAGCUGAUAUCUUUGCUGAUUCACCGAGGUCCGAGAGCUACAGCUCCAAGAGAGUGGCAAAUUUCUCGUAUACAGAGAAUUAUAAUGGUGAAGAUGAGUCGUCGGAGAUAGGAGAUGAUAUGAGUGACAGAGUUUACACCAUUGAUUCAGUCCAUCAGGGUGCGUCUCUUAGUGGUGUAACUGACCAGAAGCUUGGUGAUGAGAGUUCUGAUGGCAAAGGGGUUUUCCAAAGGGAACAAAUGGAUCUUGAUGAUCCUGACAUAACGAAGCUCUACAUGCGGCUUCAAGCGCUGGAAGCUGACAGGGAAUCGAUGAAACAGGCGCUUAUCUCUAUGAGGACUGAGAAGGCUCAGAUGGAACUGUUGAAAGAAAUUGCUCAGCAUCUUGUCCCGCAACGGAGGCUGCCUCUGCGUAAAGCUAACAAUGCUGGGCCAUUGACUUUCACGCCAGUCUUUAAGUGGAUCACAUCGUUUGUUUCGUGGAGAAGAAAGGCUCGUCGAAGCAAGUACAUGUAUGGGAUGUCAGCAAACAACAUGGGACUGCAAAUGCUCUUAGAAAAGGUCCCUAGAUCAAGGAAAUGGCGAUGUCUCAGGAGCACGCAAGUGUGA